AUGCUCAAGAUCAACGCCAAAUUGGGUGGCACAAACUUCGGGUUUGAUGUCCUUCUAAGAGAUUCGUAUAUCAAGCCACGCACCAUGAUUAUGGGCGCUGACGUCACUCACCCUGGUGCGGGAUCGACCAAUGUUCCCUCCUUCGCAGCCGUGACAGCGAGCUACGACGAAGAUUUCUUCAGGUACCACAUGAAUUGGCGCGUGCAGCCACCAAGAGAGGAAAUAAUCGCUGACUUGAAGGAGAUGACUAAGGAGCACCUCCUGUACUACUACAAUCAUAGCGAAAAAGAGAAACCUAACCAGAAAAGACCGCAAUACAUCGUCUUCUACAGGGACGGCGUCAGCGACACCCAGUUCGCCGAGGUGAAACGGAAAGAGUUGGCAGCCAUCCAAGAAGCGUGCAAAGAAGUUGCUAAACAGUAUAAGUGGGAAGAAGAUUUCAAACCUAUAAUUACUUUCUUGGUUGUCCAGAAGAGGAACCACGCCAGGUUUUUCCCCGUCUGCCCAAACAAUAAAACACCGGCGGGAGUUGAUCCCAAGCAGGGAAACGUAAAGUCUGGCUUUGUUGUGGACACCAUCAUAACGCACCCCUGGCAAAUUGAUUUCUUCCUUGUCAGCCAAAAUGCGGGGAAGGGCACGGCUUGUCCAGCCAGAUAUAGAUUGCUCUUUGAUGGUGGAAUAAAAAUUAAUGAGCUUGAAAUCAAGAGAAUGACCUUUUACCUGUGCUUCCUCUACGCCAGAUGCAAUCAGAGCGUGUCCUACCCUGCCCCCACCUACUACGCCCACUUGGCUGCCGCCAGGGUCAAGCUCUACUGCAACAACAAGUUCGAUGAUAUCGACACUUCUGCUGGACGAGACAAAGAAGAGAUAUAUCGGGAUUGGAAAGCAGCAACUGAUAGAGUCAAUGAUGAAACUGUUAAGAAUAUGAAGACUUUCAUCGACAAUAACCCCAUGUACUAUGUCUAG